CCAUUUCAUUCAGAGAUGCUCUUCCCUUUCUAAUUUCUAACUGCAGCUACUAUGAUUAUUCCUUCUUCCAUACACCGCAUCCAGUCUGUACAUACCCCUCUUAGAACCCUCCGCACAACCUCGUUCUUCCCAGUAUUAGCACCCGCGCACCCCGCCUCGAUCACUGCCAGAAACGUAUCCCGUAGAAUGUUUGCCGCUUCCACUUACAGAGAUAAUCAGUUAAAAACCUUUGAGAACCAGAGUAAACUCCCAAGGCUGCCUGUGCCAGAUUUGGAAGCUAGUCUGGAGGGGUACCUUCAGAGCCUGGGACCGUUACUGGAGGAAAAGUAUGACAAAGCUAGUUUGAGUAACGAAGUUGAGAAACGACGAUUGUAUGUUAAAGACUUUGCUUCAGCCGGAGGACUGGGGCGAGUUUUGCAAGAACGUCUUAAAGACCUUGAUCAUGUAUCCCCCAACAACUGGCUAAAUGAUACACUCUGGCUUGCGCUCGCUUACCAUACCUGGAGAGCUCCGCUGCUGGUCAACUCGAAUUGGUGGCUAUGCUUUGCCGAAGAUCCGCUUAGCCCUCCUCCGCCUUCUCUACCUUCUUCUACGAAUGAAUCCAAUUCCAUGGGCGCUCAAACUGCUACUAUCAAAGUUCCCAACCCUAGCCCUCUCACGGACGUCCCGGCAGGCGGUCAAGGUGGUGGUAAAGAGUGGCUCGUGUCAGGCUCAAUCGAUCCUCCUGUGCAGUACGAAAAGGUCGUAAAGAAGGAGUGGAUUACGCCCUGGCAAAUUCGGCGUGCGGCUUGGAUCGCUAGGCGAUUUGCAGAGUUUAGGACGAAACUGGAGAGACAAGAGAUCAAGCCGGAUGAGAUCAAGGGAGUCAAGUUCUGUAUGAACCAGUAUGCCAACAUGUUCAAUCUCUCGAGGAUACCUUUACCCAACUGCGACGCUUUUUCGAACCCUUCUCCACUCUCAACGCACCUCUCUCUUCUAGUGGAUGAUUACUACUACGCUAUCGACAUUUUUUCCCCACCUUCUUCCUCUGCCGACGGUGUGCCAGAACCACUCCCUGCUGGGGAAAUUGAGAAGAGAUUCCAAGCGGCAGUGGACGAUGCUAAGCGAAGGAAACAACGUGGGGAAAGGGCUGUGGAGGUUGGUGUAUUGGGUGCUGAUGAUAGAGAUAACUGGACCAAGAACCGAGAGCGCCUCUUACUUCUCUCACCCUCGAACCGCUCUACCCUGACUUCUCUCUCAACGUCUCUUCUCGCCCUUUCACUCGACCCUUACACACUCCCAUCUGUGCCUCCUCCCUCUGGCGACCCUCUCCGGCUUCCGGCUGUUGACGCUCAAGUGAGAAACUGCGCCACAGGCAUAGACGGCGGUAGAAACAGGUGGUUCGAUAAAGCUGUUAGUGUGUUGGUAGAGACAAGCGGCCGGGCGGGGAUUAUGGGCGAGCAUUCCCCGGUGGACGCAUUGAUUCCUAGUAUCGUGGUCGAGUAUGUGCUGGAUAAGCCUGUCGAUGAGUCCCAAUUCAAGACUUCUACGCCGGUAGUGGUAGCCACGGGAAAGGGUGGUGAAGGGUGGGAGAAGCUGGAUUGGGCUGUGGAUGAGACUAUCUUACAGGAGAUUGAGCAAGUCAAGCAGAAGAAUCAAAAGUUGAUUGAUGACUCUGAUGCAAGUCAGUUGUGGUGGGGCGAAUACGCUUCAGAAUGGAUUAAGAAAACUGCCAAACAAGCACCCGACGCAUAUAUCCAGCAAGCUCUCCAGCUUGCGUGGUUCCUUGACCAAGGUUAUCCUACGGCCACUUAUGAAACCGCCUCUACUCGUACCAUGCUGCACGGUCGUACGGACGUCAUCCGCUCGCUCACAUCCGAAUCUCGUGCAUUCGUCAAGGCCAUGACCAACCCCGAAAGCACCGCCGAUGAGAGAUACAGGCUUCUGAGCAGCGCUUGCCAGGCGCACAAUGCGCUUACUAAGAGGUCCUCCAGUGGGCAUGGGUACGAUCGUCAUUUGAUGGGUCUUAAGGUCCAGUUGCGAGCGGGCGAGACGCACCCCUUGUUUGAGGAUGAGGUGUAUGCAAAGAGCCAGGAGUGGAAAUUGUCCACAAGCGGGUUGAGCGCUGGUGGGAAAUUCACGGCGACUGGAUUUGGGGCUGCUUGGCCCGAUGGAUAUGGGAUCAAUUACAUGGCAGGCCCGCAUUUGAUCAAGUUUGGGAUUGAGAGUAAAUUCUCGUGCGAGAAGACGUCUACGCAGCGGUUCAAGCAUAAUAUUGCGCAAGUAUUGCGGGAUAUGCGUGCUGUGUGCGAGGCGGUGGGCGGAGUGGAUGCAUCGCGGGCCAAGUUGUAGCAGCAGCAGAGUAGCAGUAUAUACAGCAAGAUGUAUUGGGUAUGGGUUAUGGAGUGAAUGUGAUUGGACGACGCGGAAAGUGCCA